ACCUGGGUCAUUUGGCUGUGGAUUCUCAGGUCAUCCUCCUCCACGCCCUCCCCAGCCUGCAUCGGAUCAGCGGCUGUCCCAUUGCUGCAUCAGCUCAUCUCGCUCCUUAUCUCCAGCGUUGUCUUGGCGAACCAGCGAGCCGAGCCACUCCUUCGUCCAAGGGAUAUGCCGGCCAGCUCCAAGCAGACAUAAGGCCAGCACUCCUCCGUGUCGCGAGGCAAGAUCCAACCACUGCUCAUCGGACAUAACUCCGGAUCGGCUGCUCUCACAUAUUCUAUCGACGCACCCGCCGACAAGGAGUGCUUUCGCCUUGGGCAACAAUCGCUCACCUGCUUACACACUGCGCAACUUGACAAAUCCAGACGCUGACCACAUCGCCAUGGCGUCCGCCAUUGAGAAACAAUCGCCGCCGUUGGACGCAACCUCGGACAAACAUCCCGAGAGCGUGGGCAAGCAGCCCAGCGUCGAAGAGCCCCGCCAUGGCCAGAUUGUCGAUGGUACAUACACCCCCGAGGAAGAGCGGCAGGUCCUUCGCAAAAUCGACUGCGUCAUCCUGCCAAUGAUGUGCUUCGUUUUCUUCAUGCAGUAUCUCGACAAGCAAAGUUUGAGUUACGCGGCAGUCUUCGGACUCAUCACCGAUCUCAAGAUGACCAGUGUCCAGUACUCAUGGUGUUCCUCAAUCUUCUACGUCGGACAACUCGUUGCCGAGUAUCCCUUUAUUUAUCUCAUGUCCAAGCUGCCCCUGACCAAAUUCGUCGGUGCGACUGUAAUUAUCUGGGGCGCCGUAUGUCUCUGCCUUGCCGCACCACAAAACUUUGCCGGCUUUGCGGCCGUGCGCUUCCUGCUGGGCUUCACAGAGGGUGCAGUCUCCCCAGCAUUCGUAACCAUGACAUCCAUCUGGUAUCAGAAGAGCGAGCACGCCACCAGAACCGCUCUCUGGGUUUCCAUGAACGGCAUCGCCCAGGUCUUCGGCUGCCUCAUCAUGUAUGGCAUCGGCCACAACUCCUCGCUCGCCUUACAACCCUGGCGCACCAUGUUCCUCGUUUGCGGGGCCAUGACCACUUUCGCGGGCCUUCUAUUCUACUUCCUCAUGCCCAACGGCCCAAAGGACGCGUGGUUCCUGACCGCUCGCGAGAAGGAGGUGCUCUCCCUGCGCAUGGCCAAGGACCGCGAUGGGGGCGACAAGACGUCGUUCUCCACCGCGCAGCUCUCCGAGGCACUGAAAGACCCCAAGGCAUGGUUCGUGUUUUGGUUCGGCGUGCUGGUGACGAUGCAGUCCCCUGUGUUGACGUUUGCCUCCCUGGUCAUCAACACGAUCGGCUACGAUAAAUUUCAGACUAUGCUUUACACCGCACCAUCGGGCGCGAUCCAGGUUGUCUUCCUCUGGAUCGGCGUGUUCCUGUGCUGGCUGUUCCCACGCGAUAGAACUCUUGUUGUGCUCGUGCUCAUUAUCCCGCCGCUUAUCGGUAACGUCUUGCUCAUGAAGCUCUCGCUCAACUCUGGCUGGGGAAUGAUUGCCGCUUCAUGGAUGGCCUCCUGCAUCACAGCCGUAAUGUCACCCCUGCUCUCCCUCACGGCGUCCAAUGUCAAGGGCAACACCAAGCGCUCCGUCGUGUCGUGCAUGUUCUUCAUCGGCUACUGUGCCGGCUGCAUCGCCUCGCCGCAGCUCUGGACCGAGAAGCCGCGCUACUUCAACGGCGUCGUGACCGCGCUCGUGACCUGGUGCCUGCUGUUUGUCGUGGUGAUUGCCUACCGCGUCGUGUGCCAGCGAGACAAUGCGCGCAGGGACAAGGCCAUGGCUGAGAGGGGGGAGAGUCUGGAUGACGAGAACAGCCGCCGCGGUGGUAGUGGGGGGGCUGUUGUGCUGGAUAAGAAUGGCUUGCCGAAGACAGAUUUGACGGAUAAGGAGGACGUGUACUUCAGAUACAGCUACUAAUCUCAUGUUUGAGACGGAAUAUUUCAUAGCAUAAAUAGAUUGGAGCAUGAAAGUCGCCGGAUGGAAGC